UAAGAGCCAGUCCACACGGCGCGUUGCGUUGCGUUGCGUCGUCGCAACGCAAAUAUUUUGACGCAUAGCCGGCCACACGGGCGCUGCACCAUCGCAGCGCUAUGACGCAGUCUUAACGUUCCGUCGGCGCAGCGGCGACGCACAGUUGCGGCAAGCAUUUUGAAAAAAUUUCGCAGUCAGUCUAUAGCAAAUCAUGGAUCGGAAAAGACGUCUAGCAUUGCUCCUAUUACUACGUCACCGCCGAAAUCGACGCAAGAUCACAAGACGAAUGAGUGUAUCCAGCUUCGAAUGUUUAUUGAAGUCCUUAGAACCACACAUACGAAAAAACUAUACUAAUAUGAGGAAUCCAGUGGAACCAGUAGAAAUGCUGGGAAUUACUUUAAGAUACCUAGGAAGUGGAAAUUCAAUAACUGAUUUACAUUUCAAAUUCAAACGGGGAAAAUCUACUAUUGCAUAUAUAAUACAAAGAGUUUGUCGUGCUAUAUGGACCAAUCUUCUUCGAGACAACAUCCCUGAACUGACAACUGAAAGUUUCCAAACAAUAGCGAGGGGUUUUGAUGUAAAGGCAAAUUUUCCUCACUGUGUUGGUGCCAUCGACGGCAAACACAUCCGCGUGUGUAAUCCUGCAAAUAGUGGCUCACUUUUUUUUAAUUAUAAAGCCUUUUUUUCGAUUGUGUUGCUAGCUAUUGUGGAUUCAAAUUACAAAUUCGUAUUUGUCGACAUCGGUGCAUACGGAAAAGAAUGCGAUUCAACCAUAUUACAAAAUUCUAAACUGUACGAGCUAAUGAUUAACAACAACUUACCACUACCUCAACCCCAGCCACUCUCUGGUAGCAAUAUACCAACCCCGUAUGUAUUUGUGGGUGACGAAGCUUUUGGACUGAGCAAACAUAUUAUGCGUCCAUAUGGCGGUCAAAAUCUCGACUUACAACAAAAGGUUUUCAAUUACCGUCUAAGCAGAGCCAGAAGAUAUGUCGAAUGCGCUUUUGGGAUUAUGGCUAACAAAUGGCGCAUUUUUCACAGACCGAUAGACGUGUCCUAUGACUUCGCUACUGACAUUAUAAAAGCAUGUUGUGUAUUACACAAUUUUGUCGCUGAUCGAGAUGGUUUUAGACAAAGAGAUAAAUUUGCUAUAAGUGUUGAUGAAUUUCUCCCAAUACAACCCGCACAUGAAGAACAGACAGCACCGAAUGUCAUAAGACAGCAAUAUGCGACCUAUUUUAUGACUAGAGGAACUCUGCCUUGGCAGCUAAAUAAGGUAUAA